GCUGCGAGCAGCCAUGGUGGAUGGUCCUGUAGCGGAGCUGCUGCUGCGGCGGCUGGAGGCGGCCGACGGCGGUCUGGAUAGCGCGGAGCUGGCGGCCGAGCUGGGCGUGGAGCACCAGGCAGUGGUGGGCGCCGUGAAGAGCCUGCAGACGCUGGGCGAGGUCAUUGAGGCUGAACUUCGCUCCACCAAGCGCUGGGAGCUCACUGCUGAGGGUGAGGAGAUUGCCCGGGAGGGCAGCCAUGAGGCCCGUGUGUUUCGCAGCAUCCCUCCGGAGGGCCUCGCCCAGAGCGAGCUCAUGCGACUGCCCAGUGGCAAAGUGGGCUUCAGCAAGGCCAUGUCCAAUAAGUGGAUCCGUGUGGAUAAGAGCGCAGCUGAUGGGCCCCGGGUGUUCCGAGUGGUGGACAGCAUGGAGGAUGAGGUGCAGGGGCGGCUCCAGCUGGUCCGGGGAGGACAGGCCGAGAAGCUGGGAGAGAAGGAGAGGAGCGAGCUCAGGAAGAGGAAGCUGCUGACUGAAGUGACCCUGAAGACAUACUGGGUGAGCAAAGGCAGUGCCUUCAGCACCAGCAUCUCCAAGCAGGAGGCAGAGCUGAGCCCGGAGAUGAUCUCCAGUGGCUCCUGGCGUGACCGGCCCUUCAAGCCCUACAACUUCUUGGCCCGUGGUGUCCUCCCUGACAGCGGCCACCUGCACCCCCUGCUCAAGGUCCGCUCCCAGUUCCGCCAGAUCUUCCUGGAGAUGGGGUUCACUGAGAUGCCAACUGAUAACUUCAUCGAGAGCUCCUUCUGGAACUUUGACGCACUCUUCCAGCCCCAGCAGCACCCAGCGCGCGACCAGCAUGACACCUUUUUCCUGCGAGAUCCAGCCGAGGCCCUGCAGCUCCCAAUGGACUACGUCCAGCGGGUCAAGCGGAUCCACUCUCAGGGCGGCUAUGGCUCACAGGGGUACAAGUACAACUGGAAGCUAGACGAGGCCAGGAAAAACCUGCUGCGCACACACACCACGUCUGCCAGCGCCCGUGCCCUCUACCGCCUUGCCCAGAAGAAGCCCUUCACACCAGCCAAGUACUUCUCCAUUGACCGCGUGUUCCGGAACGAGACUCUGGAUGCCACGCACCUGGCUGAGUUCCACCAGAUCGAAGGCGUUGUGGCUGACCAUGGCCUCACCCUGGGUCACCUCAUGGGUGUGCUGCGGGAGUUCUUCACCAAGCUGGGUAUCACCCAGCUGCGUUUCAAGCCAGCUUACAACCCCUACACGGAGCCCAGCAUGGAAGUGUUCAGCUACCACCAAGGCCUGAAGAAAUGGGUGGAGGUCGGGAAUUCUGGGGUCUUCCGUCCCGAAAUGCUUCUGCCCAUGGGGCUCCCCGAGAACGUAUCAGUCAUCGCCUGGGGCCUCUCUCUGGAGCGCCCAACGAUGAUCAAAUAUGGCAUCAACAAUAUCCGGGAGCUGGUGGGCCACAAGGUGAACCUGCAGAUGGUGUAUGACAGUCCCUUGUGCCGCCUGGAUGCCGAGCCGAGGACACAGGAGACUGCAUGACGUGGGCCACACCCCGAUCACCUGCCCUCCCUGAGUCCCUGCUGCCUAGUUCCUUUGCAUCCCUUGCCAGUAACCUCCUUAUAUUUAUGAGGCCUCUGUGAGGCCAGCCACCCCUCCCCUUGGUAUUUCCUCUUCCCUACCCAUCCAAGGGGCAGGGGAGUGGGUAGCAGUUUCCUUCUGUGGUCUGUCCACCUAUGAGGGUGGGCCAUAGGGAGCCCUGCAGGCCACCUGCUGUCUAAUAAAGUGGGCAUUUGCCCUCA